AAAUGGCGUCUUUGUCUUCAAUGCAGAUGGUUCACACUUCUCAGAUUGGUGUUAAGUCGCAGUUAGUUUCUGCAAACCGAACAUCUCAAUCAGUUUGUGUCGGAGCUCGUUCCUCUGGUUCUGCAUUGUCUUCGAGACUACACUAUGCAGCAAGUUUCCCUCUCAAGAAGCAAUUCUCAGGAGCUUAUGCGACCAUCAAGAACCAGAGAACAGCUUGUGUUAAAUCAAUGGCAGCUGAGGAAGAAGAAGUGAUGGAACCUCAGGCUAAAGUGACAAACAAGGUUUACUUUGAUGUGGAGAUUGGUGGUGAAGUCGCUGGAAGGAUUGUGAUGGGUCUGUUUGGUGAAGUCAUGCCUAAAACCGUUGAGAACUACCGUGUCUUGUGUACUGGUAAGAUAAUGAAAGUUUGGAACUUUCUAAAAAUAUAA